AAUUUAGUGAUGUCUGCCUUCUUCUUAAUAAUAUUCGUGGGUAUCGUUGAGGACUCCUUCUAUAGCUUCUACUCAAUCCUGGCCUACAUUUCCUCUACAAAGGCCUCCAUUGCAACGGACACUCCGGUGACUGAGAACCCGCUAUUGAAUGAAAUGGUUAGAUGCAUAUCAGCCGAUGUUGUCGUGUUGGUCAUCAAGUUAUCACUAAUCGGUGCAACCGUUAUGCAAAUGCUUUCCGUUAACUACGAGUCCAGAGCCACACCAAUCCAUUUGAAUGAUAUGUUCUCGCAGUUUGAACAUAUUAUUCAACCAAUUCUUUAUCGUUCAUUUCGUUUACUACGGUAUUACAUGUUGUCCCGGUUGGAAAAGACCGAUAGGCCUGCGCUCCUCAAUAUCUCACUACUAUCUAGUAUACCUAUCCUACGGGCAAAGCUAACCGCCCGAACAAACUACUGA